UCGGCGCGCGCCCUGGCCCCGCCCCUGGCCGCCCCAGCGCAACAUCCGGUUCCGGUUCCCAGCCUGACUCGGAGGCGAGCGGCCCGGGAGCUGGUGCAGGCCUGCCGGCGGGGCCGUGUCAGAGAUGGAUGGCCGGAUUCCUUAUGAUGAUUACCCGGUGGUUUUCCUGCCUGCUUAUGAGAAUCCCCCAGCAUGGAUUCCUCCUCAUGAGAGGAUAUACCACCCAGACUAUAACAAUGAACUCACUCAGUUUCUGCCCCGAAUCGUCACACUGAAGAAACCCCCUGGAGCUCAGUUGGGAUUUAACAUACGAGGAGGAAAGGCCUCUCAGCUUGGUAUCUUCAUCUCCAAGGUGAUUCCUGACUCUGAUGCACACCGAGCAGGACUUCAAGAAGGGGACCAAGUUCUAGCUGUGAAUGAUGUGGAUUUCCAAGAUAUUGAGCACAGCAAGGCUGUUGAUAUCUUGAAGACAGCCCGUGAAAUCAGCAUGCGUGUUCGCUUCUUUCCCUACAAUUAUCAUCGCCAAAAAGAAAGGACUGUGCACUAGCAUUGCAACCCUCAGCCUUCCACAUGGAAUCUUCUAGAGCAAGCUAGCUUGACCCUGGGGAAACCACUCAGGAAAUUACCCUCAACCUCUCCCUGACAUAGCUGAGUGGGGAGGUUGGGGACAGUGAAGCCCUAUACUGAGAUAACUAAAUAAUUUCAUUAUCUUAACUAUACUGAACUUUUUAUUCCCUAGUUUCACUUCAUUGGGGGGAACCAUACCUGGCCAUGCUUAGGGGCUAUUUCUGAUUCUGUGCUCAGGAGAGACCUUUAUGUGGCCCUAGGGAUCAACUCAGGGUCAGCCAAAGUGGCCAUAUGCAAGACAAGUGCCUUAACUCCUGUACUUUCUUCAGCCUCCCCCCAUCCUGGUUUGCUAUUUUUUGUUUUGGGGGGCCACACCCAGCUGUGCGCAGGUCUUACUCCCGGCUCCCUGCUCAGGAACCACUUCUUUUGAGGCUUGGGGAACCUUAGGGAGUGCCAGGAAUUGAACCCUGGUUGGCCGAGUGUAAGGCAAGCACCCUACCUACUGUACUAGUCUCUCUGACUCCCCUCCCUGGUUUUCUAGGUGAGCUUCAUUUUCGCAAGAGGAAGUAGAAGGAUGAUGAUACAUAGGUAUAGUCCAGCCUGUGAAGAACCCUGCUAGAAAAGGCAACUAACACUUACUGAACACCAUGUCCUAGGCAAUUACACAUAUGUCUCUGUUUUUGAUAGAAUAUAGAAAUCAGAUUUUUAAAGUUUUGGGACCUGCCAUCAAAUCUGCCUGGUCAUCUUUUUUCUUUAUUUUGCUUGGUUUUUUUUUGGGGGGGGGCAUACUAACUGUGCUCAGGGCUCACUCCUGGCUCUGAACUCAGGAAUUACUCCUGGUGGAGCUCAGGAAACCAUAUAUGGUGCCAGGAAUCGAACCUGGGUUGGCUGUAUGCAAAGUAGAUGCCUUACCCACUGUACUAUUUUUUCAUCCCAUGCCUGGUCAUCUUUUCGCAUCUUUAUACUAUUAGUCUUACACACUUGGGAGACCCUGUGGGAACCUGUUCCCCCUCCCCUUGCUCCUAUUCUCCCCAAAGUAAAACCCAGUGCUGAGAAAACAUUGUGACUUUCGCAUGACAUUGAUUGGGUAUACAAUGACUGUUGAGACAAAAAUAAGUGUUCUCAUUAAUACUUCUACACUAGUCCAAAGAGGCUAUUCCUCACCAAACUAGAAGGAACACAGCAACUCAAAGGAGCCACUGAAAGUAACAAACACCAGACCUUCGCAACUAUAUCAGCUCAGAGCAAUGGGGAAGCUGAGAAGCCAUAGCCACAGUCUAAAGGGAGAAUGGCAGUAGGAGAGGUAUAUUAGAGGAAGUAGGGCCUACCACCCUUAGUGUUGAACAUUUCCAUGAAAGGGACAGUAUUGUAGUUCUGUCUUUUAUAGAUUAUUUGAUCUGGAACAAAAACUGUAAAGGUGAGAGAUGCAUUUCUUUUUGGGGGGGGGCAGCAGUAAGAAGUAGUAGUUACCAAUUUACAAAUUGUAGAAAUUGUAGGUUGAAUGGUACUGACUGCCACCUUCAUCAUCUUUCUCCACUUCCAGAUAACUUGCUGUGCUUUAAUUCCUUACUUUCCAGUCCAUUGUUUGAGGAUCCAGGCAAAGACAUAUUUCGUUUCUAUUGGCAUGUUCAAAUUUCCCAUUCAAAUUUGAAGAUUUCAUUUUCUUUUUGGUUUUUGGACCACAUCUGCCUGUUCUCAGAACAUUCCUGGCUUUGCGCUCAGCUAUCACUCUUGACGAGGCUCGGGGUACCAUAUGUGGUGGCAAGGAUUAAACCGGGGUUGGCUGCAUCCAACUCAAGUGUCCUACCGUUGUACUAACACUUCAGUCUCCAAGAUUUGAAGUUUUCUGAGUUACAGGGUAAAUGCCCUCAUAAUGGAAAUCCUGAGUUUGCCUUAAAAAAAUUCUGGAAAGGUGCAUUCUGUCUUGGAGAUUCAUGCAUCUCAACCUGAGGUGUGUACUCUCAUCUCUCUCCCCUUUAAAGAAGCCUGUUUUCUCUUGAACACUUCUCUCUCCAUAUUUCCCUGAAUAAAACUAUUAUACUUCAGUUAAAAAAUGAAAGAAUUCUGGAAAGCUUAAAUAUAUUUCCAAGCUCUUCACCUGGAGAGUAUUUUUAUUUGUCUGAGGUCUCUGGAGUUCUAAAUUUUCGAGUAAGGCAAAUAACUCCAAAUACAGAAAACCUAGUUCUUUGUUGUAGUAAUAUAUCUCAAUGAGGAAAGUUUGGUUCUCUCUGGUUCUCCUUAGGUACAUUUUCUAGAGACUUGGUGACAUUAUUAGGUACCACUAUCUCUUGUGAGCAGAGCUGAAAGAAUUAAUUUAGCUAUUUCCUGUUUACUUGUUUUGGGGGCCUUGGGACACAUCCAGUGGUGCCCAGGUCUUACUCCUGACUCUGUUCAGGGAUCAUUUCUGAUGGGGGUCCGAUGACCAUCUGUGUUGCCAAAAUUGAACCUGAGUCACUUGGAGGCAAGGCAAACACCCUACCCGCUGUACUAUCACUUUGACCCGUAAUUUAGCUAGUUUUAAUGUUUCCAGGGAAAUGUUUCAUUUAUAUGAGCCCCCUGUGACUAUAUUGGAAGAAGAAACUGGAAGCUUCUUCAAGUGUACUUCCAAAAGUGAUACCAUAUUUACUUAGUUUUCCGGAUGUUGAGGCAACAUUCCCUGUCUUUAGCAGGUUUUAAAGGACUCAUUUAAAAUUAUGGAAAAUAUUGUAUAAAAAAGUCCUAGUGAGGACACAAGCUGUGAUACAAACUUAAGAAUGCAACUCCCCCCCCUCCGAGCCCUAAAUUGAAUCUCAUUUUUGAGACACUCGAAAUGGUAUUGGGGCACUAGCAUGAUGCAGUUGCAUUGUGAAGGUUUAGGUAUAGGAUGAAAACAUAACAAGAUAGGUUGAGAUAAAAUAACCAGUCUUUUACUGAGGUUGUAGUAAAGGAUGAGUUGCUAGGCCUUUGAGUGUCUAGACUCUGGUAGAGUUAUCCCCUAAAGGUGUCUCUAGCAGUCAGACAUAAUAAGGUAGAAUUUCUGGUCUACACAAGAUCUUUCCACCUAGUACUUGUGAGAUGCAAUCAAGAAAAAAUAAAUUAUGCUAG